AUCCGAUAAUACUGACAAAGCCAUGUACAUACCUUCCUGAUUGAGACUAGUCGCAAACGUAACCACUUAUCCCCGCGCAACAUCCGAUAACCAAGACACCAAGACACCAAGACUCUAACAUUCAACAAGCUUCAUCAUGGCGGGCAAGAAUUGGGGACAGCAAACGCCUGUUCCGAUUCGGGAGCAGUACAGCCGCUCUUACUACCGUCAAUUCGUCGGAAGCGCAUUGUUUUGCUUAGCGGGUUUGGCUUUCCUACGUCAUGUCACCACCGUCCCUACAUCGCCAUGGCAGCUUCCCUCCGGGCUAAGCAAUGCCAACUCGAAAGCGCAAUGUCCACAGGUCGAACCCCUGUUUCCAUCGAAGAAGACAAAAGAGUUGGAUGAGAUGGAAAGCUACCUGACAUCUGAUGCCUUCCGAGACGUUGCCAUCGAGCGUUUAUCAGGUGCCGUCCAGAUCCCCACGCAAAGCUACGAUGACAUGGGCGAGAUUGGAUCAGACCCGCGCUGGGACAUUAUGUACUCCUUUGCCGACUACCUUGAGAAGACUUUCCCGUUGACGCAUGCAACAUUGCAGUUGGACAAGGUUAACACGCAUGGCUUGCUGUAUACGUGGGCUGGUACAGAUUCGAGCUUGAAGCCUAAUCUGCUCAUGGCGCAUCAGGAUGUUGUGCCUGUUCCGGACUCUACCGUUAAACAAUGGACUUACCCUCCGUUCUCUGGUCAUUACGAUGGGAAGUUCGUUUGGGGCAGGGGUGCAAGCGAUUGCAAGAACCAACUGCUGGCUAUUUUGAACAGCGUCGAAGCACUGAUCUCUGCUGGCUUUGCUCCUCAACGGACGUUGAUCCUAUCGUUUGGCUUCGAUGAGGAGAUCUCUGGCCGAGAAGGUGCAGGACAUCUUUCAGAGUACCUAUUAAAGAAGCUCGGACACAACUCCAUCGCCGCCAUCAUCGACGAAGGCGCCGUGAACGUCGAGAGCUGGGGUGCGAACUUCGCCAUCCCCGGUGUCGCAGAAAAAGGCUACAUCGAUGUCGACAUCGUUGUGCGCAUGCCCGGCGGUCACAGCAGCAUUCCUCCCGCACACAACGGCAUCGGCGUAGCCAGCGAGCUCAUCACACUAAUCGAAGCAAACGCCUACGAGCCCCACCUCGCAGACGAGAAUCCGUACCUAGGCCUCCUCCAAUGCGGCGCCUCCCACGCCCCAGACUUCCCGCACCACCUCGGCAAACUUCUCGACAAGCGCUCCAAACGCAGCUUGACAUGCUCUAAGAAGCCCACAAAAGACGCCCUCGCCCUCGAAGCAGCAAAAGCAGGCCCAGGCAUAAAAUACCUCUUCACAACUUCCGUAGCAGUCGACAUCAUCCACGGCGGUGUAAAAACAAAUGCCCUGCCAGAACGAACUCAAAUAACAGUAAACCACCGUAUAAACGUCGGGUCCAACUCCUCAGCCGUGAAAACUCACAUCGCGUCCCUCGCGGCCCAAGUAGCCCAAAAGUACAACCUCACCCUCCACGCCUUCAACGGCACUGAAACGCCCUCUAGCAUAACUCUCUCCCACGGCCCCACCAUGCUAGAGCCCGCGCCCGUAACCCCAACUUCUUUGAAUGUCGGCUCAAACAAAACCGCAACGCCCUACCAGGUCCUGUCAGGAACAACACGUGCGCUGUACGGUAAAGACCUGCUUGUGAGUCCUGGUAUCAUGACUGGAAACACGGAUACGCGCUACUAUUGGGAUUUGAGCGAGAACAUCUUUCGGUAUGGACCCGGGUGGGAUAAGGAACAGGUUGGUCUAGGCAAUAUUCAUACGGUGGAUGAGAGGGUGGGGGUGCAGGCGCAUUUGGAUACGGUCAUGUGGAUGUGGGGGUGGAUUAGGAAUAUGGAUGAGGCGGUUUUGUGAGGGUGGGAUAGGUAGGGUUAGGAAUGGGGGAAUGGUUGGAUGGGGUUUGGAAUAGCUUGUAUUGAGACAGCAGUAACGAAUGGUAGUGGCAAGAGCACGAACUCAAUAGUUGGAUACCUUGACGCCAUCGAGUCAUUGAUCAAAGAAUGAAUCUCUUCUCUGAAGCAACAUUCUUCGAUGCUCUAAGGCUCUGUGCAUUAUGUUACAGAUGUGGUUUAAAGCCGUACCACUCUCGAUAGAUACCUUCCGAGAGUGGUACAAGUAACUUCCAAGAGUGGUACAAUAAGUCGUAUCACAUUUAUAACAUAAUGAACAUUGCUUAUGAUGAACA